AUGCCAAAAGUCAAUGAUGAGUUUCUGGUAUGGUUGAACAAGACCUACGAAUCUUACAAGGAAUGCACUUCCACUCGUGGCAAGGUGCAUGUAUACCUUGGGAUGACAUUAGAUUUCUCGAAGAAAGGCAAGUUGAAGAUUUGCAUGGACGACUAUGUGAAGCGAAUGCUUGAUGAGUUCCUGGUCAAGUUUGGCGAGAACAAUAAUCAAGAAACCCCAGCAGGCAACACACUGCUGGAUGUUGGAAAUGGACGAAAGCUGGACACUGCACGACAAGAAGUGUUCCAUUCUUUUGUGGCCAAAGGACUCUUCUUAUCUAAGAGAGCCCAACACGAUAUUCUACCUACAAUAUCGAUUCUGGCGUCACAAGUGCGUGAGCCAAAUGAAAGCAAUUGGAAGAGGAUCGUCCGUCUUAUGAGAUACUUACACAGUACUCAAGGAUGGCAUCUUUUGAUCAGUGCUGGUUCACUGCGCAUCAUGAAGUGGUAUGUCGACGCAUCGUUUGCGGUCCAUCCAGACUUCAAGAGUCACACCGGAGGCUCCAUGUCCAUGGGGAAGGGUGCAGUUCAAGUUGCUUCCAAGAAGCAAAAGCUGAACACACGCAGCAGUACUGAAGCUGAGCUUGUUGGUGUUGACGAUGUCAUCACUAUAAUCCUGUGGACCAAGCUGUUCAUGGAAGCUCAAGGAUACCCAAUUGAAAAGAACAUCCUAUAUCAGGAUAAUCAAAGCGCCGUUCUACUGGAAGUGAAUGGGCGCAAGAGUGCGGGCAAGCAAAGUCGUGCUCUGAACAUCAGAUACUAUUUUGUGACCCACCAAGUUGAGAAGGGCAACCUUGUUGUUGAAUACUGCCCUACUGACGCAAUGAUUGCGGACUUCUUUACCAAGCCUUUGCAAGGCGAGAAGUUCCGUCAAUUCUGCGACGAGAUCCUUGGAGACCAAGAUUAA